AUGUUUCCUGGCAUGCUCGACGUAAAAGUAGAAGCUUAUAUUGACGAUUUGGUUUGCAGAAGCAUAUUCGCUCAGGAUCACCUUCGAGAUCUGGGAGAGGUCUUUGCUGUUCUAAAACAUAGGAAGCUACGUCUCAAUGCCGAGAAGUAUGCGUUCGGCGUUAGCUCGGGGAAAUUCCUAGGGUACAUGGUGAGUCGCCGAGGAAUCGAAGCUGACCCUACCCAAAUUUUGGCUGUGCAGAGGCUCCGAGCUCCGACGAUAAUUAAAGAGGUACAGCGGCUCACGGGGAUGGUUGCUGCCUUGAACCGUUUCAUUCGACGUUCGAGCGAUCUCUACCGCCUGUUCUUCCGAGCAAUCACAACAAGCCGAUGCAGAUUUGUAUGGACAGAGGAGUGCGAGCAGGCUUUGCAAUCUUUAAAGCAAUACCUAUCUCACGCUCCUCUGCUCGUCAAGUCCCUACCGGACGAAGACCUAUAUCUUUACCUUGCUGUUUCCGAUCAUGCAACGAGCGCAGUUCUUGUUCGGAAAGAAGGCGUGGAGCAUCAACCAAUCUUCUAUUCCAGCAAAACGAUGACGGACUCUCAGACGAGUUUGAGCCACGGACAGCUAUCAAAGGACGAGGCCAAUGCCUUGGCCACCGCUGCUGAAGAAGCUCGGAUUCAGGAAGAAGAGGUUUUGGAAGGGCCAUCUAGCCGACCCGCAGAGCCACUCCGUGCUCGGUACUCCCAGGGGCAAAAGAAACCCAAACGACAAUGGAAGCUCUUCUCCGGCGAUGCUUGGCGACUAACCGUUGAUGGCGCCUCCAACAUUCACGGGGCAGGAGCAGGCAUUGUCCUCGUAUCACCGAGCGGGAUUGUGCAUGAAAGCGUGGUCUCGAUUGGAUACACGGCGACGAACAACGAGGCAGAAUAUAAAGCUUUGAUUGCAGGCCUCCAACUUGCUCUUCGGCUGAAUGCGGAUUCGGUUCAUGUCUUUUGUGACUCCCAACUCGUUGUGGGUCAUUUAAACGACGAUUAUCAAGCCAAAGAUCAACGUAUGAAUGCCUACGUAAGCCACGUAUUGUAUCUGUUCGGAAGAUUUGGCCGAGUCGAAGUGGAAUGGAUUACACGGGAGCAUAAUGCACAUGCUGACGCCCUGGCAGGUCUUGCUUCGGUUUACAAGGCCUCGGGCAGUCGCACAAUCACCUUUGACGAGAUCCCCAAACCGAGCUUCGAACAGCCGUGUGAACAGGUCAUGGCAAUCACCCUCGGACCGAGUCAACUGGAUCCAGUGAUUGAUUACUUGAAGAACCAAGUACUGCCACCGAACAAGCGCGAAGCGUACAAACUCCAUUGCCGAGCGGCUAACUUCUUCUUGGGAACGAAGGAUAAUCUCUAUCGACGGACUUUCACUGGCCCCGAUCUGCGUGUCGUCCACACGAUCUUGUGCCGUCGAUUCUGGAAGAACUCCAUUCGGGCAGCUGUGGGGCUCAUUCGGGAGGACGGUCCCUUGCACAGCGUGCUCUGA